AUGGCGUGGUUUCAUCUGGCUCUGGUCAAAGUGAAUUGGACAGCACUUUUAAUUUUGGCCCACUUCACUUACCUGCUGAUGGGGGCCAUCAUCUUCCAGCUGCUGGAGAGAGAAGCCGAAAGCAACAACCGCAACCACUUUCAGCUGGAGAAGCUGAAUUUCCUGACUAAUUACACCUGCUUGGAUGGUCCUGCCUUGGAAAAGUUUGUUCAGGUAAUUUUAUAUGCCUGGGAAAAGGGAGUGAACCCUUCAGGCAACUCGACAAAUCCCAGUAACUGGGAUUUCAGCAGCUCCUUCUUUUUUGCAGGCACAGUCGUCACGACCAUCGGUUAUGGUAACCUCUCGCCGAGCACUGUGGCCGGUCAGGUGUUCUGUGUGUUUUACGCACUGUGUGGCAUUCCUCUGAACUUGGCUUUCCUUAAACAGCUGGGCAAGAGUCUCACCAUCCACCUUGGUCGACUGGAGAGAGGGAUGGUGGCAGUGGUUCCUCACAAGAGAGCAGUGGAAGCCCUGGCAGUGAGUUUAUUCUUUAUCACCGGCAGCCUGCUGUUUCUCGUCAUCCCUCCUCUGCUGUUCAGUUACGUGGAAGGCUGGACAUUCGGAGAGGGCUUCUACUUUGCUUUCAUUACCCUCAGCACCAUUGGUUUUGGAGAUUAUGUGGUGGGCACCGACCCAGGGAAGGACUACAUCUCGCUGUACCGCUGCCUCGCAGGCAUUUGGAUCAUCUUUGCGCUCGCUUGGCUCGCUCUUAUCCUCAACAUGGGAGUGCGAAUCAUGGAAAACUUUGUUAUCCUUACUCAUCCGGGCUUUAAGAAGCAUGACGAAGAAGACGAGGAAGUGUCUGCCAGUAAACUAGAAGCCACAUCAAAAAUUUGACUAUGGACUUUGAAAUUAUUUGCAAGUUAUACUGAUUUGCUGUUAAAUAUUGUAUUUAGUUUUUAAACUGUAUUCAA